CCGUGCAGUGGAAACAGUGUCAGACUCCAUUCUCCCUUCUCCUCCUCAGAGGGAACCUGCCACUUCUAACUGCCCUGCCCUCCGUUUUAAAGGGCAACUUGCCUCACGCUGAACCGCGCCUCCAGCCUGCUCCCGUCUCAGGCUCAGCUGGUCCAACACUGUUCGCGCUCCUGCCAGAGCCCUGUAGCUCCUACAGAGAGCCCUGCCCGGAGAUGGAGAGCAAAACCCUGUUCCUGAUGGCUCUGGGCAUAUGGCUCCAGAGUCUGACCACUACCCGUGGAUGGGUGGCUGCCGACGACAGAAUUACAGGAGGAAGAGAUUUUAUAGAUAUCGAAAGUAAAUUUGCUCUAAGGACCCCUGAAGACAUAGCUGAAGAUACUUGCCACCUCAUUCCUGGAGUGACAGAAUCUGUGGCUAACUGCCACUUCAACCACACCAGCAAAACCUUUGUGGUGAUCCAUGGCUGGACGGUGACAGGCAUGUAUGAGAGUUGGGUGCCAAAACUUGUGGCUGCCCUGUACAAGAGGGAACCAGAUUCCAAUGUCAUUGUGGUGGACUGGCUGUCACGGGCCCAGCAGCAUUAUCCAGUGUCUGCGGGAUACACCAAGCUGGUGGGAAAGGAUGUGGCCAAGUUUAUCAACUGGAUGGAGGAGGAAUUUCACUAUCCUCUGGACAAUGUCCAUCUCUUGGGAUACAGCCUUGGAGCCCAUGCUGCUGGCAUUGCAGGAAGUCUGACCAAUAAGAAGGUCAAUAGAAUUACUGGACUAGAUCCAGCUGGACCUAACUUUGAAUAUGCAGAAGCUCCAAGUCGCCUUUCUCCUGAUGAUGCAGAUUUUGUAGAUGUCUUACACACAUUCACCAGAGGGUCACCUGGCCGAAGUAUUGGAAUCCAGAAACCAGUAGGACAUGUUGACAUUUAUCCUAAUGGAGGCACUUUUCAACCAGGAUGUAACAUUGGGGAAGCUAUCCGUGUGAUUGCAGAGAGAGGCCUUGGAGAUGUGGACCAGCUAGUGAAGUGUUCCCAUGAGCGCUCCAUUCAUCUCUUUAUUGAUUCUCUGUUGAAUGAAGAAAACCCGAGUAAGGCCUACCGGUGCAAUUCAAAGGAAGCCUUUGAGAAAGGGCUUUGCCUGAGUUGUAGAAAAAACCGUUGCAACAAUUUGGGUUAUGAGAUCAAUAAGGUCAGAGCCAAAAGAAGCAGCAAAAUGUACCUGAAGACUCGGUCUCAGAUGCCUUACAAAGUCUUCCAUUACCAAGUAAAGAUACAUUUUUCUGGGACUGAGAGUGAUACACAGACCAACCAGGUCUUUGAGAUUUCUCUGUAUGGCACUGUGGCUGAGAGUGAGAACAUUCCUUUCACCCUGCCUGAAAUUUCUGCGAAUAAGACAUACUCCUUUCUAAUUUACACGGAGGUGGAUAUUGGGGAACUGCUAAUGUUGAAACUCAAAUGGAAGAGCGAUUCAUACUUCAGCUGGUCAGACUGGUGGAGCAGCCCUGGGUUUACUAUUGAGAAGAUCAGAGUAAAAGCAGGAGAGACUCAAAAAAAGGUGAUCUUCUGUUCCAGGGAGAAAGUAUCUCAUCUGCAGAAAGGAAAGGCAUCUGUGGUAUUUGUGAAAUGCCAUGACAAGUCCCUGAAUAAAAAGUCUGGCUGAAACUGGGCAAAUCUACAGAAGGAAGAACAGAACACGAAUUCCAUGAAGAAUGGAGUAACUUUUACAUCAGAUGCCCAGUGCUUUGGAUGUUUCAAAGACAAGUUCCCUGAGUAUUAAUCCCAGCUCUGCUUUGUUAUUUUAGGAUAUAAUCUCAAAUACAAAAAAAAAAAAAAAAAAAAAAAGUGACUAAUUCAAUUUGAAGGGUAUAGUGGCCAAAUAGCACAUCCUCCAACAUCAAAAGAUAGCAGAUUUAAAAAUCACUGUUUUGUCCUUUGAGAAAGAAUUGAGAGCCAUUUGGGCCCAUGGUAAAAUAAUAAACCUUCUUUAUAUAGUAAGUUUAGUCAAUAGCCUAAAGUUGAGUAGAAUUUCAUAUUUUAUUUGAAAUUCUGCAUUUUCUGGACUGAUACCUUCUCAAAGUUUUCUCCAAGUCUGAAUAUAGAAAAUGAUUUUUUUUUUGGUGGCAUGAGUUGCACCCAUUAGUGCAAAAUAUGUUUUUUUUUUUUUUUUUUUUUUUUUGGUUUCUGUGUUUUCCAGGAUUUAACCAGGGACUAGUGACUUGGAGAGAGGAAUAGAAGAUGAAGUUGAUAAAUCACUGAAACUUUAAAACAUCCCUGCAGUUGGUUGCAUCAUUUCUAAGUUACUAAUUAAAAGAAAUAUAAAAUUUAGAUCAAUUCAGUCUUAAUAGGCUUUAUAGUUUAAUCUCUCCCCCUCCUUUGUCUCAAGAUUGUAUUUUAACAGCAUCUUCUAUGAGCCUGCUAUUGCCAGCUCACACAUAAUUUUAAACAUGGGGAAAGAAAAUGAUACCACAAUUUCAUUAUCAGAUUUCUGAAAUUGUUUUCAUCAGUUUGGGGUCAUUUAAUAUCUUAUAAGCCCUAUUCAAUUUUAGGUUUAUCUCAGUCAUGCUUUAGUCAUGCUUUGAGGAUGUCUCUUUCUUCCCUGGUUUUGAUAAGAAAAUAUGUGUUCAAGAUCAAAUUUUGAAUCAUGCAAGUUUUAGACAAGGACCAUUUUACUAAGUUAGGAGAUGAAAAAGUAUAUUUCCAUAAACAGUGGUUAAAACCAUUGUGGGCAAUUAAAAGAAUCCUCAAUCGCCAUAGUUACAUGAAAUGCCAUGAGAGUUAUUGUUUUUAACAACUAGUCAAUAGUGAGUGAACAGUUAUUUAUAAAUUAGGUAUCAUACUUUCAGAAUGAUUUUCUCUAUAUUAAUAUGAAUUGAUAAAGAAGUAAAAUAUCUCAAAGGCUCUUGCUGGGAAUCCAAACUGUAAACGUGUGUGGAUAUCUUAACAUAUAUUCACAUAUGAAGCCCUGCAUAUGUGUUUAUUAUUCAGCAUAGCUUGGAAAGUAAAAAAUCAAGAGAUAUAGUAUUGGGACAUAUCGGAGUAGAAAUUAUUCCAGAGAUGCCAAAACUUCAGCCUUUCUUUUGAGAAAUAUAGUUAUGCCUAUAUAAAGUAAUACAAACACUGUGAUUAAUGUCAGCCAACUUGGAAUGAAUUUUCUCUAAAAAUAAAAUGUUGGAGAUUUGUUGUUGUCUUCCCCCUUUAUUGCUAAUUCAUUAAUUUCCUGGAUUUGGGUUUUGAACAAGGAUACAUAAACUUGAAAAAAUAUGGAUCAAAUCAGUGUAUGGGCCUAGGAACUCUGACUUUUGCAGACUUCACUAUAUAUGUAUAUUAACAAUGCUUUGGCUUUAAAUGUUAUUUAUUAGCUGUAAAUAUAUGUGUGUAUAAGUAAAGGGAGAUUAUAUAUAUUGGAAUGGCUGUGACUAUCUGCGUUUAUAGACAGGUGGUGCUAACUUUUGUACAUGUCUUUUUCAGUGAUAGUCUCAAUGAGCCAACUUACUCUGAUGAAAUAAUACCAUAAAGUAGGCUUCUUUUUUCUUUAAGGAAACUUAAUUAACUAUGUUCAGAAAUGGAAUCUGCUUUUAAUAAAAUUGACAAAAUGUUAUUUUAA